ACUAAUCACUAUCAUAUGACUUAUACAUCGCUCUUCACGUCACCCUUACUCACACCAUCUUGUACUUCCAUUCCUUUUUCUAUCUUACAAACUAGCGCCUGGACGUCAAUUAGAACUUAUCGACACAGGCUAUGGAUAUAUGAGCGAUGCAGCUGAGCUGGCUCCUGGGUUACUCAAUUUUGAUGGUGGCGGCCACUAGGGAGGCUUUAACUUACAGCCAGGGCGAGGAGCUAAGAAGUGUUGUUGCUUCUACCACCGUCGGGCAGGACUCGAUGUCCAGGAAAGUCGUGUUACAUGAGGCGGUGACCCCUGGAGUUAUCGAGGAGCAAAUCGGGGCCGAAAGGCUCUCAGCGGGAGUAGCUGGCCGAAAGAGUGAGCCGGCAGCAGGGAAAUCUUUGGCAUUGCGAUUGCCUAGACCAACAGCAACACCAUUGUUACGGAAGCGGCAGGAUGAUGGCCAGAUACAAGCACUUUCAUCUCAACUACAAUCGCUCUCACAAUCUGCUACCCAAGCUAUAUCAUCCGUCUCAUCGAGCGCUUCCUCAAUGUUGAGUUUGAUAUCACAAUCUGCUCAAUCUGUACGACAGUCUGCAGAUCAAGCCACACAGUCAGCAAACCAGGCAGCUGACCAAGCUAACCGGGAGCUGUCUCAAACGCGGUCGUCGGCGUCAAGUGCUGUGUCUUCGGCUAACGCGCGUGCUAGCGAUCAGAUAUCACAGUCGUUAGCUAGCAUGAGUAGCCGUAUAUCAGCCAACCAAGCCAGUGCAGAGAGCAGUGCCAGCGUGGCUAUAAGCUCUGCAAGAGUAGCCGCUAGCCAAUUUGCAGCGAGUCAGAUUCAAGCAGCUCAAGAGGGCGCAACUGGUGUGACGGAUAGUACAAACCCUCAAAUGAACCAACCGCAACCAAUUUCAGUAUCCACUACGAAUCUUGCUAUUAUUAUCGUAGUGGCGAUUAUUGGCACCGCCAUCUUGAGCACAGCUUGUUCCUGCUUCUGGUUGCGAUAUAGGCAGAGGAGAAGAUCGUCUCGCUCGAAAGAGGUCCAAGGGGUCAAAGAGGAGAAAUAUGUGAAACCUAUCGCAGUUCGAGGUUCCUUAAACCCGCAUUUCCCACGUUUUGGCGGGUCCUUCAAAUCCCCAGCGAAAGAAUUCAGGCUGCCAAGCUUCAGUCCUCAGAUCCAGUCCAAGAAAGCUCAACGUGAAGAAUGGGGUAAUAUUGGCUCUGCGGUCAGUGAUUAUAGCGAUCAAGCAGAGAAUAGGGUCAGUGGGCGACGCGCAGAGAAGGCAGAAGAAGUACAGCCACAAGCUUUUCGACUACAGAAAGGCAAUGGCGUCAAUAAUGCAACUACCGUCCGUCUUAUUCGGGUUAAUAGCGAAAAGAGCAAGGCAGAAUCGUCUACGGGUAUUCAGCAAAGUGCAGCAGAGCCCAUGCCUCCCCCACCUAUACUGAACACACCAGAUCGAACCCCCGAGAUUCCUGCUAUCCCUGCUUCAAGUCAAUCGUCACCACGGGGGCAACCACAAACCAGCACUUCCAUAAGUCAACCGCCGGAUGACAAAGGGCCUCCCUCUGGAGGGCGGGUAAGUUCUCGCUCAACGCGUAUUUUAGACACGGAGACACCCGGUUGGCGUCCGCCGACGAUCUCAACCAAAGCGAAUCGAAAUCGCUUCAGGUUUCGAGAUAGCAGUGACAUGGAAUCGGCUGAGCCAACGCCUACCGACGUACAAGGGCAAGCCAGCAGUGGCCGCGACAACUCAUAUACACGAGCCUCUCUUGGGCAGCCUAAAAACGCUGGCGGCACUUUUGCGACAUUCCCUCGGACACGUAACGAGUCACAGAGAGAAAGUAUGAUGAAUCGUGGUAGACCUAAUCUCGACGGCCGCGCUGCUAGACUCGGGUAGAUAGAGGGAGUUAGAUGAGGUUUGAUAAUGUGGAUGGUAUUAAAAGGGUAUAAUUUUGUUUCAUGGCUAGGCAAGGGAGGAAUUGAUUUGGUGUAAGGCGUAUUUGGAUAUACCACCACGGAAUUUCAUAUAGCACUAUUUAAUGAACGUAGAAAGAAUAUGAAAACGUUCUGAAGAUUAGCUCUAAAAUGUUGUUUUCUACUAGGUUACCUGAU